GAGGGGCUGGACCGGAUGUGGGACCAGCAGCUACCUUAAACUGGGCUUUGAGGAAAUGUGCUGCUGCUGCUGCUUUUACGGACAAACAAUAGCGCUCGUCUAAAUCCGGUUACUUCAACUCAUUUUUUUGCAUAUUUUUGCAGGCAGAGGAGGAGCAGGCACGCAGCGUUCAUUUACAGAUGCAUUUUUCGCCCUCGGAGGGAGCAAAAAGCGGAGGGAAGUGUCGCUAAACCCACCGACUUCAGACUGAUCCUCCUGCAGGUCCGUGGUUUUGGCUGACGGGCCGUGUAAACGCGGCUUGUAAAAGAACUCCACCGUGGUUGGUCGUGGUGUGUAGAGAGGAGCCCGUUCAGCCCCUCCAGGCUCCUCAGCCAUGGCUCUCCUGGACUACCUGAAGAGCCUGUUCAUCCUGCAGCUGCUGAUGGGCUUUGUGUUUGUGGUGAGCGGCCUCAUCAUAAACUUCAUUCAGCUCUGCACCUGCGUCCUCUGGCCCAUCAACAGGCAGCUCUACCGCAGAAUCAACUGCAGGCUCUCCUACUCUCUGUGGAGUCAGGUGGUGAUGAUGCUGGAGUGGUGGUCAGGCACAGAAUGCACCCUAUACACCGACCAGGCUACGGUGGACAAGUUCGGCAAGGAACACGUCAUCAUCAUCCUCAACCACAACUUUGAAAUUGACUUCCUGUGUGGCUGGACCAUGUGUGAAAGAUAUGGGGUCUUAGGGAGUUCAAAAGUGCUGGCCAAACACGAGCUACUGAAGGUCCCUCUGAUCGGCUGGACCUGGUACUUUCUAGAAAUCGUUUUCUGCAAAAGAAAGUGGGAGGAGGACAGGGAAACGGUUUUUGCAGGCCUGGACAGGCUCAAAGAUUAUCCUGAAUAUAUGUGGUUUCUGCUGUACUGUGAAGGAACCCGCUUCACCGAGAAGAAACACCAAAUCAGCAUGCAGGUGGCGGAGAGUAAAGGCCUCCCCAAGCUCAAGUAUCACCUUCUACCCCGAACCAAAGGAUUCACCACCACGAUGCAGUGUCUGAAAGGCACAGUCACUGCUGUGUAUGAUGUGACUCUGAACUUCAAGGACAACAAGAUUCCCACUCUGCUGGACAUCGUCAAGGGCAAAAAAUACAAAGCUGACCUGCGUGUUAAGCGGUUUUCUGUGGAGGAUAUUCCGGAUGAUGAACAGGAGUGCGCCAACUGGCUGCACAAGCUCUACCAGGAGAAGGACGCCUUACAGGAGCAGUACAACAAGGAAGGAAAGUUCCCUGGACCCACAAUCAUCCCCCGGCGCCGCCCGUGGACGCUGCUCAACUUCCUGUUCUGGGCCACCGUCCUGUUGUCGCCCCUCAUCAGAUUGGCAUGUGGCGUGGUCGUCAGCGGCUCCCCGCUCCUCAUCAUCGGUUUCAUCGCCUUCCUCAUCAUCGCCUCAGUAGCUAUUCGCCGUCUCAUCGGGGUCACAGAGGUGAAGAAAACAGGCUCCAGUUACGGAGACCCGCAGGCCAAGAAAGGCCAGUAAACUGUGACCCUCCCCCUCGCCCCGUCUCACUCCCCGCCCAACUCCAUCCUCCUCCUGCCGUCGGCAGGCUGGGGAGGAGGCCCACCUGUGAAAACAAAACCAACACCAGAGUCAAAAAAAGAGAAGAAAAUCCUGCUUUCAGCAGAGGAAGAGACCAAGACGAGAAGGUGUGGGAAUGACGCUCUCUGGUUUAUCACAGAUUAUAAGGAGGGGGGGAGAUGCAGUACCCACUGCAACCCACUAAACUCCCAAUUAAGUCCAUUAAACAAGAAUCAUAAGCCUAAGGGCAUUUUCUAAAAGCCACGCCCACUUCCCGUCAGCUGUUGAUUCCAUUGAAGCUCACGCAACACAUCCUGAUUAAUUUCUGUUGUCCAGCGGCAGUGCUUCUUCCCAACACCAGGAUCCAUCAUUCCCUGAUGGGAAUCGGUGCCUUUCGGCCCAGCCUGGCUUUCCUUAAUCAGUUCACUCAAAGCCCACUUCACACAGUGCUCAGAUUUCUACAACUACACCACAAAAUGGCUAAAGUUAUUGAACUAAAUGCAAAAAAAAUAGGAAAUAAUUCAGUGAAAAGACAAUUGGAGAUCCACCAAUCAUAACCAACAUCCAACCUCCAGCGAAAGCCUCUUGAUUUAAGAACAUUAACGGUAAUAAAAGUGUUUUUGAAGCAUAAGAAGAUGAUGAUUGCUGUCAAAAGAAACAGUUCACUAAUAUUUAAGCAUUCUGUUAGUAAUUUCACUUUAUUGUACACUGCAAAAACACAAAAUUUUACCAAAUAUUUCUGGUCUAGUUUUUAGUGCCGAUGUCUUAGAUUUUAUACUUCAAGUCUAACUAACUUUAAAAGUAACUUUUCAGCUAAAUAUAAUUGCUUCUUUUAAAUCAAUAAUUCCUUAAUAUUGAUUAAAAACAAAAGAGUACUAGUUCCACUAGCAGAAUUUUUACCUUAUAACUUACAUUUUUUACAUGUUACAGUUAAAUAAAAUCUGCCAGUGGAACUGUUGCUUUUUGAAAAAUGAAUAUAUUCAUUUUUACUAUUACAUAUUUACAAGCUGCUAUUUCUUGCUGAAAAGUUACUUGUGAUGAGCUAGUUUUUGUAUUAUUGAAUGUGUAGUAAGAUAUUUGCUCCAGAAACUAGACCGAACAUACUUGGUAAGAUGUUUUUCAUAUUAGGUAAAAUUUGAAGGUUUCCAAAAGUUUGUCAACAUUUCAAAACAAAAGUCAAAUUUCUGUAAACGACUUAUGCUUUCUUCCUUCAGCAAACACUUCCUCACUGAAGAGUGAUGUUUCGGUGCAUCUCUAAUCAUCUGCUUCAUUGUAAUCUAUUUCAAGUGAAAUUAAUCGUUAAUUUAGUUGGAAAUUCUUUUAAAAAAUGAGUUAAAUUUAAAGUUAUAAUCCUGACCUUAGACUCAGACGGCCUGGUGUCUGCUGAGCUGCACCAAGGACCCUGAAUGUGAAACCUGAGGAAACCUGCCCUUAUUUAAAACACAAACUUCCCGUUUUUCCUCCAUUUCUCCUUUCGGAUUUCACUUCCACAUUUAGGAGUGUUCGUUUUCUCUCCCACGUGUAAGGCGGGCGACCUCCGACCUCCUAAACGUGCCGUUUCGACCUCCUCCCACCCGACACCGAAACGCAGCUCACGGUGGAGCAUGAAUGGCAGCAGAAUCAGGGGUCAAAGGCCACCAACUGUCUUCAUGUAGCCACACAGCUGUUAGCAUAGACUGCAGUAGGAGUAUUUUUAACCUUUGCCUUAAAUCAAGCUUGCUCAGGCAAGGGAUUGCUUAUUUACCUCCCUUUGAAACGCAUAACACCACUUUUGUUAUGUUUUAAAUCUUCACCCUUCAUUUCUGUCAUUACAAUAAUGCAUGGUGGAGUAGGAAGAGUUAAUUAGCAAAAUGACUGAAUCGUUUAAACCGUGGACUAAUAGGAAGAUGUUAAUUGAAGGGAUUUCUUUUUGGGAGGGUUUUGUUUGGGGGGAAAAAAAUCACUUUAAAUGUUCAAAGUGGACAAAAAAGGAAUUAUUUGUUUUGUUUAGGAAUAAAAAAAACUCUGUAAGAGAAGAUAAAUUGCUUUAUUUGAUUAAAUGACUUAUAGGAAGUUGGUUUUUUGUUGCAUCAAACCCACUUUUUUAAAUCUCUGAGUUGUUUUUUAUAUAGAAAAAUCUUUUGUUAUCCACUUUAAAUAAUUUAAGAUGAUUUCUAGGAAACGUUUUGGUUGUGUUUGAAUAAAAAUCACUGUUGAAUACAUUAUAGGAAGAUUUUGAUUUCUUGAAUAUAAAAUUGCACGCAGGUUUCCACAUUUUGAAAGCAAAGAGUCAUCAUUUUUGAGCAGAGAAAAUGUCCAGUUCCUCUUUCCGUAGUUGUCUAUAAAUGAACAGAUUUCAUGCAAGCCUUAAUUAGCAUCAAGGGCCAAAAGAACCAGACAAUUUAAAGAAUAAAUGGAUCUUAAAUCAACAUUUAUACAUGUGAUCAUUUAUAUUUGGAAUUGUGUGCAAAUGAAUAAAUACCUGGAUACAUUUGGAAUAUUUAUCUAGAAUUUAUUUCAAUCAUUUGUAAAAUGUAAUUCAAUGUGAAAAACAUUAAAUGUAAUUUGAAUUUCUAUUAAAAAUAUUCUUAUUUGUUAAACAUGCAGUUGGUAAAUUUUGAAAACAUUUAAAUCUUUUUACAAAUGCAUUCAAAUUUCAGUUAAUGUUUUCCACCAAUCUUUGAAAUAUUGGAUACAUAAAUUUUUAUCUAAAUUAUCACAUCUAAUAAUGUUUAAAUACCACUUUAUUUAUUGAAUUGAGGCCCUUAAUAAAUUAGUGCAGCUUGAUUAUUAGUAUUUAUAUUUUUUUAAUAUUUAGAAAUCAACUCAUCUGAAAUUGGAAAAUUUAAGACAUUUUAAAUUAGUGGUUUUUUUACGCCACUAAAAAGGCUCUUAUAUAUUUUUUUUCUAUUGUAAACAGAACUGAUACAAAUUUUCACAACAAUUUCUGUGACUCUUCAAAAACAAAUUUAAGUUUCUGGAGGGAAAAAAGUCCAAAAUGUUUUUAUUUUUCUGUUCUUAAUUUCUAAUUAACAAAUUAAAGCAUUUGAUGUUGGAAAAAUCUCCAGUUCUCGCUGUCAGUUGCACCUUUUGCAUCAGCUGUUUGAUUAGUUGUUUUUUUUUUUUUGUUUGUUUGUUUUUUUUUCUACAGCUUUUAUUUUUAUGUUUUCUUCCUUUUAAACACUUGAGAUUAUUAAAGGAUUUAAUCACAAAGCAA